AUGGCGACUCAAUCCGACCAUCUGUCAUCUACAGGAGCAGAGGAGUUCGAUGACAUAAGCGAGCAUGGCAACAGAAGAGGGCAAGUUCCUCCAGAUGGCGGUUACGGUUGGAUCUGUGUAGCCGCUUGCUUUACGAUCAACUGUUUCACUUGGGGCACAGUCUCUGCAUACGGCGUCUAUCUCUCGCAUUACUUAGCGGAAGAGGUCUUCCCAGACGCAUCAACAUGGGAUUUCGCGUUCGUCGGCGGCUUCAACUAUUCCAUAGCCAUGCUCAUAGCACCUGGUGUAACUAUUCUUAAUAGAAGGCUUGGCAUGCAUACCACAAUGAUCAUCGGCUUGAUCUUUCAGACCAGUGGGUUUAUUGGCGCCUCCUUCGCAACUCGAAUAUGGCAGUUGUACAUCUGCCAAGGUUUUCUCAUUGGCUGUGGCAUUAGCUUCUUGUAUGUCCCUAGCCUCCCUAUUCUUUCUCAAUGGUUUGUUCGAAAGCGCAGCCUAGUCAACGGAGUAAGCGCUGCAGGCUCAGGUGUUGGCGGCGCUGCCUUUGCCUGGGGUACUGAAGCUAUCAUUCAGCGUUUUAGCAUUGGCUGGGCUUUACGUAUCACUGGAAUUCUUGCACUUGCGGCCAACCUAGCCGCGAUAACAGCAAUUAGAGACAGAAAUCACAUUAUCCAACCUUCUCAACUUGGAUUUGACACCACACUUCUUCGACGGUACGAUGUAAUACUGCUACUUGCCUGGGCUGCUAUUAGUAUGCUAGGUUACGUUGUUCUUCUCUUCUCCUUAUCCGACUUUGCUUUGUCCAUAGGCCUCGACAGAGCCCAAGCUACGGAUGUAGUAGGAUUGUUGAAUAUAGGUACUGCAGUUGGACGACCAGUCAUUGGCAUACUCAGCGACAGAUGGAGCCGAAUCGAUACAGCAGGUGUUCUUACUCUCUUAUGCGGUCUUUCAUGCUUCGCCUUCUGGCUACCGGCCACGACUUUUGCACUCACCGUAUUCUUUUCAAUCGUUUGUGGGGCUAUCGUUGGGGUUUUCUGGAUGACUAUAGGUCCGCUUUGUGUCGAGGUAGCUGGGUUGAAAAAUUUGCAGUCGUUAUUGUCCUUGUCUUGGGCAGCAGUAGUGAUCCCCACCACUGGUACGUCUUAUUUAAUUUACCGAUCUUGUUCUUAA